AUGGGAAGACUGUCAACCGCACAUUCUUGGCUGAACACCGCUCUCCCGGCUCCGACCGUGACUCGCUGUAUACAUGAAUCUAUCACCAAAUAUCUUGAUUGUGGAGAAAUGGUCGCUCGAGUCAUACCAUCAGGCAGCCACAAGCUGCUCGGCCAAUCCAAACUGGUGGUGCAAUUCCAAAAUGCGCACCUGUACGAGGAUUUCGCAAGAGCUUCUAAUGGGCCUCUCGGACCGAUGGACUGUUCGAAUUUUGAUGCCCCUUCGUGCAGCCAAAGAGCGAGGACGAGACCGGUAGUCCCGCACCGGUGGUAUGAACCUCCGGUUGAGACAUUAUAG